UUAAUAGUGAAUCUAGUUGCUAAUGUACCUCAAGAUGGAGAAGAUGAACAAGCCUUUAUUUUAACUCUGGUGGAAAUUCCAACCAAUGCAGUAGAAGAAUUUACUGAUGCCACUGCACAGUUCAUGCCAAACCCUUUACUGCCAGCUCCCAUAUUGGUCAAAUCAGUGAAUACUGAAGAAAGAGGUGACAUGAGUAUUUGUUUACCAGCAACUUCAGUUGGUCAGGAUGCCGUGGGUUUAUCUAUUUCUGGAAGAGAUAAUUCUAAAAAGCCUCUUGAUAAUUUGGAUCUUAUAUCUAGGAAGAGAUUUAAAUGCAGGCUUGAUGAAAAUGACCACAUUCCUCCUGCCAAAAAAUGUUUGCUCACUUUAAGAGAUGAUUGUCAAGAAUAUACCUCUGAGGUGCACUCAAAGGAAUUAACAAAUGUUUUUGAGGAAACAGGGGAGUCUCACAAAGGACAAGAUAUUUUUCCUACCUCGGGAAGCACACUGACAACUCCAGAACCUCAAAGACAGCAAGUUGAACCAGCUUUUCAGAGUAGAGGAUCUAGAUCUCCUGAUGCAUGCAUAGACAAGAAUGUGCCUCUGUUACCUCAGGAUGAAAUGAUUGUGUCUGAUAAGGAAGAAAGAACUGAUGCUGCUCCUAAGUCUGAGCAAAUGGAUAACAGAACAUCAUCUUCUAAAGCCCCAUUAUUCAGACCUGGCAGAAGACCCCUGGGAUUCUUAUCUUUAAUAUGUUCAAAGAAUAGUUUGGAGUCUGACGAACCUAUGCAGGUCCAUAGUAAGAAACGCCUAAAACCUCUUAUACCUGCGUUAAGACAGAAAUUGAAAAGAUCUAAUCCAUUCAAUGAAAGCCAGAAAAAAAAUCAAGAUUCCUCUGAUCCGCUUCCAUCUCCAAGUGUUAUUAAUACUCAAUCUAAGAAUAUUAGCAGCUCAGCAACUCAGGUUUCUUGUGAUCAGCCCUUACUGAAAGAAGGACAUAAAAGUGCCCAAAAGCGGGCCCCUCAAGGGGAGCCAACCACAGUCUCUGAAUAUUUCUUCAAUGAUAUCUUCAUUGAAGUGGAUGAAACAGAAUAAAACAGUCUUUUGUCUUUUUCUUUUUUAAAUUAGGUCUAGGAUUUCCAGAGUCAAUUACAUCAACAAAACAGUAUUUAGAGCAAAAUAUCACUGUCUAUUUUUCUUUAGGUUGAUUUUGAAUAUUUAAUAAGCUUGAUUUGAAGCUUUUAUAAUCAGUGGAAAACAUUUCUGAGGUUCCUCUCAUUCUGAUUGAUUCAGCAUUUUGCAAAUAGCAAGCAAUUGAGACUGCUUUCUCAGACAGAUGUUGUUUACAUUUUGACUCUUCCUGUGCUAAGCACACAUGGACAUUUGGGAAUGCUGUGGAUAUAUGUCUCUGUAUGAAUUGCAGUGCAGACAGAUUUGGGGGUUAAUUGUAUCGUAUUUAACAUUUAGCAACUUCUUUUGUGAAGAUUUUUUAUUUUUAGGGGGAGAUGAUGAAGGAUGAAGCCUUUUCCGUUGCUUCUAUGUACAGUCAUGUAUCACAUAAUAAUGUUUAAGUCAACAAUGGACCACAUAUAUGACAGUGGUCCCAUACAAUUAAAAUGGAGAUAAAAAAUUCCUAUCAACUAGUGACAUUAUAGCCAACAUAACACAGUGCGUUGCUUUUUUAUGUUUAGAUAUGUUUAGAUACACAAAUACUACUAUUGUGUUACAACUGCCUACAGUAUUCAGCAUAGUAACACAUUGUAGAGGUUUGUAGCCUAGAAUCUCUAAGAUAUACCACAUAGCCUCAGUCUGUAGGGUGUGUCACAGUCUGUACCAUCUCAGUGUUUGUAAGUACACUCUGUGUUGUUCCACACAAGAUCACCUAACAAGGCAUUUCUUAGAACAUACAGUAAGGGACACGUGACUAUAUGUGAAAACAAAUUGUGAAACUUCACUUUAGUAUGGUAAAUGUUAAAGAACUUUUCUAUUAUCAGCUGUUUGUCUGACUAAAAAAUACAUAUUUUUCUAAUUCAUGGUGAUGUAACAUUAGUCCUCAUUGAAAAACUAGUAUUUAAACAUAAUUAUUUAUAAAGAUGACACAUCAAAGAGCUUAUUUAUUUUUAAAUUUUUUAUUUAAAAGGGUAUACUAUUUUCACCCCUCAGAUUGUAGAUAAGGAAGGCAUUAACAAAUUUAUGUUUGUCUCCUUUUUCUCUUUAAUUUUAAAGAUAUUUGAAAUGCUAUAACUAAAAAUGUUUGGUGUAUAUGUUUUGAAUACCUUUUUUCCCUCAGUUUAGUAUAUUGACUUUGUACUGUGAAUUUUUCUGUUUUUCUUCUUUCUUGGAUAAUCUCAGGAUUUUCAUGAGGGUGGGGGAACUCAACUUUAUUUAUUAGACAGAAUUUCCAUACAAAGUUCAAUCUCCUUUAUACACACACAGACAUAUAUUAGUUUUUAAAAAGCCAACUUCUUCAUAGUUUUUUCUCAAUUCUCAAGGAACACUUAGAUCUUUAAGCGUGGAACAUAAUAGUGAUGUUAAAAACAGAGAAAAUAAGGCUUUAUAAAGUUAAUGAUUAUCAUCAAUAUGAAUUUAAGAUUUGUUUUAAUUUCAAGAUUUAAUGAUUUACAUGUGUGUUUCUAUUAUCUACUCAAGCAGAUCUGUAGUGGUUCCAAUUAGACUUCUCAAACAGCAAAUUUAUCCUGAUUUUAUUUGAAAAGCCUCUUGGAAUGAUAAUAUAGUAGCCCAGGAGUUGGAAACUUUCUGCAAACUAUUUUGGGUUUGCAGGCCAGAUGGUCUCUGUGGCAGCUACUCAGCUCUGCAAUUUCAGUGUGAAAGAAGCCAUAGACAGUACUUGAAUGAAGGACUGUGGCUGGAUUGGCCUUUUAGUUUGACCCCUGCAUUAGGCCCCGAAUUUUCUUACCCUGAGGUGCUGAUAUCUGUAUGUAUGAGUUAUUUGUCACUAAAGUUAUGAGUUGUGCCUAAAAGUUAAAACUGUUGAUUGUAUUAUAUAAUGAUCAGUGUUUCAAUUGGGAAGAUAUUUUAGAGUCUAGAUAAUUAUGUUUGUAUAUUGAAAAAAUGGUGGCCAGUUUUUAAGCUCCUUAAUAGAAGAGAAUUAUGUCUCAGCAGGUAUAACAGUAAUGCUAAUUUAUUGAAACUACUGCUGUUAGAGCACUUCUUAUUCAUUGUCUUUUAGUAAAAUUUAUGACAUAACAUUUUGUCAGAGAGGAGGCUAUAUAAUUUGGAGUGGAAAUUGUAAGUAGGCAUUUAUUUCAUGAUUGAUAUGUCACAGAAAUUAUGGUAGUAAAUCACAUUGCUAUUUUAAUACCCUGUUUAUGUAAGUUUUUAAAACUCGUAUUCUGAAAAUAUUUCAUUCUCUUAGUGUUAGUUUGGGAGUUAGAUUGCCAUGAUUAAACUGUUAUUUAUCCUUGUGUAAUAUAAUUUUUAACCUUAACAUCUGUCUCUUUUUAAUCUAUAAUCUAGUUUUAUGGAAGAUGGAAUUUCUUACUAUAUAAAGAAUACAAAGACUCAUUGUAUUAGAGAAUCAAGUCAGCCAGCUAAAUUAUCCUACUGUUAUAUCCUUAAACCUGAUUUUGGAAAAGAGAAAGUUAAUCAGUGUAUUUACCUUACAUGGUGGAAAGAACUAUGUUAGGUCUGAUUCAUGUAAAGAAGAUGUUGCAAAGAAUUUAUUUCACAAAUCUUAAUGGAGAUGUGAGUAAAAGUUUUUAUCUUUUCUUGACUUUUUCUCCUGAACACUUAUGUCUUAGCAAGUGGUCAGCAUGAGGGUUUGAAUGCCUAAUUGUUGGUAAAUGGUUGAGGCAUGACAAAAAUACUAAUAUCCACUGUUUAUCAUCAUGUUAUUUGAAACAAAAGUGACCAUGUAUACUAUCUUGCUUGAAGAAGUCUUUGACAGAAAAAGCAAUAUCAUGUCAUUUAUAAAUUUUCUUGUUCUAAAGAAAGCAGUUGUAUAUAUAUAAAUUAUGUAAAUAAAAGUUAUUUUAUACCAUU